ACCCGCAAAAAAUCAUACCUAUCGAUCCCCUAGACGACACAGAGCCGCCGUCCUCUCGUGCGAUCUCGCUGCCGCCACCCUCCGAUCCGAUCCUCCUCUCCCGAGGAUCCGGAUGAUGGGGCGGCAGAGAUGGCCACGGAUCUGUUACGGCGAUGACGGCGCCGGAUCCGCACCCGCAGCAUCCGGAUGGAGGACGGCGACGAACCCCAGCCUAGCCGUCAGCAUCGGGAUCCAACCCCUGCUCUCGGUGCUUGGGCAAGGCAUAUGGGGGUGCUUGCUGCCGCGGUGGACCUCGACGACGGCGACAUCUGCAGCAUCUCCCUCCCGUCGGGCUGCAGGCCGACGACGAACCCUAGCCUAGCCGUCAGCAUCGGGAUCCAACCCCUGCUCUCGGUGCUGGGGCAAGGCAUAUGGGGGUGCUUGCUGCCGCGGUGGACCUCGACGCCGGCAACAUCUGCAGCAUCUCCCUCCCGUCGGGCUGCAGGACCUGUACGCCCAAGAGAUUGGCCAAGAACAACCGCAAUCCGUCAUGGUCGUGUGGCAAGAUACAGAGGGAAGGGAAGUAGGAUUGGGAUGUGAGGUAGAGAUACAGCCAGCAAAAGGGCGAGGAACAGAGACGUAAGUGAGAUUCAAAGUUUAGGUCGUGGCCGUUUCUUUCCUCUGGUUAAUUAGCCUACCGAGUGUUCAUGUCCGUCUCAUAUUUUUGCAUCUAAUUGCACUACAAUUUUCGCAUCUAGAAAUGCCUUGUCAUUGUUGUGCCCUAUGUAUUAUUUUUGUUUGUCGUAAUCAUAUUUGUACAUUGUUCUAGAAAAGUGAUUAUGUACUUGUAGAGGAAAUCUGAAUGUGGCUGUGAAUUAUGUCCAAAUUGCAGAACAGGUGAGCCGAACAUUUAUUUAUUACUCAAAUCAAAAGCUGGGUUCUUGAUCGGAAGCUCCAUAACUAUCUGUGCUGUUGAAAUCGAUUUACUGAAUCUUUCCCAGGCCCAUACAUGAUCACUGAUAGAGUAGCAGAAAAGGCAAUGAUGUUAAUCAUACUGAAGAGCUUUCCUACUCAUGCUGUCUGAGCGUGUACUCCCAAUCCCAAUAUGCAGUUCACUUUCAAUGUGCGUUGCAUGAUAAAUAAUGCUACCUUUACUGGCUUCAUGCAGUUUCGGAGAGGAGAAUGGUUGGAGUUGUGCGGAGAACUCUGCUAACUAUGUUUGGUUCUUGGACCCCAUAGAUGGAACAAACAGCUUCAUUAACUGUUAUUGAAAUGUAACGGUGUGCAGGCCAAUUAAUUUCAGCUCAACCAACUAUGAUGGAUGUUGAUUUGUUAUUCAAAGGCAAGCCUAUUUUUGGCACGCUUAUUGUGCUACUUCACAAUGGAAAGCCGAUAUGCUAAUUUUCUCUUUCUGAAACCAGCUCUCCUUGUUUUUGUCCAUUUUUGUUCAGUACUACCUGAAGGUAACUCUACUGGAUAGCAGCCUAUCAUAUAUAAUUACAUGUACCCAGUGAUUUAGCAAAGAUUAUGUUGAUAAUGUCAAUAGCAAACUACCGCUACAUGAUAUUUGUUGCAAUCUGUACAUUAUUUUUUGUUUUAGUUUCAGCAUAUCAUUUAUAUACUAAAGCCUCUUCUGGACAUGUUGUCUAAGUGCGUCUAUAUUACUUGGCAUUGAAUAUUCUUCUCUUAUUUAGGUUAUGGGCAUUAUUGAUCAGCCAAAUCUUGAGAGAGAGAUGGGUUGGGGUGGACGGGAAGAAAACUACCUUAAAUGUACAAGAAGUACAUACAUAGCAAUGUUUUUAUUUAGGUUAUGAUCAUUAUUUUUCUUCUCAUUUUUCUAGCAAUUUCACUUUAGUUUUCUUCUUUGCUUUUAGGUAUUUGUGUGAUUGUUCAGGACUACAUACAAA